AAUUACUAAAAAUAUUAACCUUUACAUUAUUCAUUUUUUUUAUUGACAAACAUUUUAAAUAUGUUGUCAUCAAUCGAACUACAGCCUUCCAAUCAAACUUUGAGGCUUGUGGAUGAAAAUCGGUUAGUUGCCCAACGUGUAAGAGUAGUACCUGACGAGAAGUUAAUAUCUAAAACAACAGAAAUAGCUCAGCCUCAACAAAAUUUGAUGAACAAUUUUUCUGAUUUAUCAACUGAUUUUGAUAUCAUUCAAAAUCCAAACAGCGAUGAUCUAGUAGACUUGGGUAAUAGUCAAAUGUCAACAUUCCUUCGCGAAUUUUCAGAGAAUCAAAACACAUUGUGUAAAGAAGAAAAAAAAACAGUAUCUUCUAGCUUUAAGACUAUAAAUGGAUCAGGAUUUUAUUACUGUGAUUCAUGUCCAUUUCUUUGUUUGAAUGUCAAAAUUAUUUUGGAACAUAAUGAAAAAAAUCAUUUCCAUCGUUCUCAACUUAAAUCUCUACUAAGAACAAAAUGUAUUGGGUGUGAUAAUAUAUUUUAUUCAUUAAAUGUACUUCGAUGCCAUUUGAUUGAAGACCAUGAUGUUUUAUCUGAUGAAGUUGAUGAAUUAGUUCAACUUGUAAUUGAAGCUAAUAAAGAAGAAAUUKUAUACAAGAACAAUAAUGAAACACCUCAAACUGAAAACCAUAAUUUGACAGAGUUUAAUGUUACAAUACCGGAUACUUCUGAGUUUGGUCAUAAAUCAAAUUUUCUAGACACUCAAAUCACAGAAGAAAAUAAUUCUGCUGAAAAUUAUCAUCCGAAUGAUGUUUGUGAUGAUUAUUGGGAGUACCAAGAGCAAAUAUUCAACGGACUUCAAGAAAAUAACACCAUUGAAGAUACAAAUAUCAUAGAAAAACGUUUAAGGUGCACGAUUGGAAAAUGUCAAGUUAGAUUUAGCACAGAAGAAAACUUAAUGUAUCAUACAAAAUGUCAUUUACACAACAAAUUUAAAUGCAUAGAAUUCGAAUGCCAAUUUACCGACUUUAAGUGGUUAUCUAUGAUGACACACUUAUGGAAAACUCAUAAUAUAGACUUGGACAUGUUCGGUUGCAACCAAUGCGGAUUCAAGACAAAUAGGUAUAAUAUUGACUAAAUAUUUGUAUUAAACCAAAUAUUUUUAAGUGUGUACUUAAAUGAAAGUAAAUAUCUAUAAGCCCGCCGCCCCCCAACCGGGCAUGGCAGAAACCUACGGGCAAUCCACACGAAAACCGCCAAGCCGGAGCCUAAGCCCGAGCUGACGUGCCAGAACUGUUGCCGCAGCUUCAGCACCAAGCACAUGCUGCACCUGCACAUAUCCAGCGUGCACGUCGGGGCGCGKCCGUUCACUUGCCAGACGUGCGGGUACGCGACMGCCACGGCCAGCUCGCUGAAGCUUCACCAGCGGUUGCACACCGGCGAGAAGCCGUUCGCGUGCGACGAGUGCGACUUCCAGACCGCCGACCACAACACGCUGCGCAAGCACAAGAUGCGUCACACCGGCGUGAAGAAUUACACGUGCCCGUGGUGCGAUUACUCGUGUAUACAGGCCUCGUCGUACAAGAAGCACCUCAAGCAAAACCAUCCGGGAAUGGAGGAAGGUUUUGUGUAUAGUUGUAACAUGUGCAAUUUCAAGACCAUUCGUAAAGAUGUGUACAUGCUGCAUAAUGUCAAACACAAGGAGGAAACUGUACAAAUUAGUGACAUAUCCGAUCCAAUCAUCAACUUAGAUGAGAUGCUCAAUGAAAAAGAAAAAAUACAGGACGAAAUGGCCGAACAACUGUAUUAUCCCAUCAACUCUAUCAGAGUUAAGCCGAUAAACACUAUAAACAAUGAGACCGUGGAAAACACCAUUUAAAGCUGGCUCAACACCGAUGAUAUUAUGUCGGCAGACAAUGUGUACAAAGGRUUUGUCUCAACAAUCAGACCAUCAGAGCAGUUCAAAACUGUUAUCGUUUGAGCAACCAAUCAAUUGUUAGAAAAAUUGACUGACAGUCUAACAAUAGUUUGAUUUUAUCAUUAUUUUAUUUUUGAGUAAAAAAUAAAUCUAUUUUAUUUUUUAAA